ACCCAUAAAAGAAUUCAAAGCGUCCCCCCGCCCCUCUCCCUCUCGUGCAAAAGAAAGAGGAAAAUGGCAAAGGUGAGCGCAGGACAGAGCCUCCCGCCCGAUAUUGUACAACUCAUUGAACAAUUGGAUCGCCAUUGCCUUGCCCCAGAUGGUUCUCUCGUCUCCAGAUCCGCCUACUAUGACCUACAAUUGGCGAGAGAGGAGAUGUCAAGGGAGAGAUUGCGGUACUUGGAAGCCAUGGCGGUCUACUGCGAGGCAAUUGCCAUGGUGGAGGAAUAUCAGCAGGCAGUGGCUGUUGCUAGUCUCGGGGGGAUUAGAGACGUCCAGGGUCUCUACUUUCAGCUGGGGUUGAAGGCCUCCCCUCAGGUUUAUGAGACUCUUGAACAUCGUCUUCUUGUUGCUGAGGCAUCCCAACGGCUUCGACUUCCUCUAUUGUCCAAAGAUGGACAAGUUUGCAAAGAGGAGAUUGAGAAAUGCAUUAUAACAUCUAGGAAUUCUCUAGAUACCAGCUCGAGUUCGACAAAUACUCUUGCAAACACUAGCUCCUCUGGGGCUGCUUCUACGACCCUUCCUCUUAGUGCCUCAGACAACAUUGAAGACACAAUUGGUGGUAUUCCAAAUCGAUUUCUGGGAAUUACCCCGAGUUAUUUGCAACAAUGUCAGCUUAAUCUGCAUAAUGAUCCUGUGGAUACUGCAGAGCACCAAAUGUUAUUGGCUCAAGAAAUGGAGGCCCGCCUUAAUAGCAAAUGUGAUAAAGUUUCAGAUGCUUUUGCUAUGGAGGAAAUUGAUUGUGCAGUUGUUAGUCAGUUUCAGAGUUCUCGACUGCCUGAAAGGGUAAAGUUCAUCAUUGAAGAGAUUGAAAGGGAAGAGGCAGCUUUGCGUGAUGACCUGUAUUCUGCAGAUAGAAAAUUUGCUGAAUAUUAUAAUGUCCUAGAGCAAAUAUUGGGGGUGCUCAUUCGGCUUGUCAAAGAUUUGAAACUGCAGCAGCAACACCAAUAUGAUGAGUUGAAGAAGACGUGGCUUUGCAAGAGAUGUGAGACAAUGAAUGCUAAAUUGAGGGUCCUGGAGAAUCUUGUCUUGCGUGAUACAUACACCCAAGAUUCAAUACCAGCUCUCCACAAGAUUAGACAGUAUCUUCUUGAAGCUACAGAGGAAGCUUCCACAGCAUACAACAAAGCGGUGACAAGACUUCGUGAAUAUCAAGGUGUCGACCCUCAUUUUGAUACAAUCGCAAGGCAAUACCAUGACAUUGUAAAGAAGUUAGAAGGCCUGCAAUGGACCAUUCAUCAAGUAGAAAUGGACUUAAAGCGUUCAUCAGAUCAUCCAGCAAUGUAGUUGUAUUUAGCAUGGUUCUUUUUCCAUCUGCGUAUGUGAUGUUUAUGUGCACGUAUUCAACAGCUUUUGCCUCUUUUUGAUGGUGAUAUACGUGAAUGUGCACGUAUUGAACAGCUUUUGCCUCUUUUUGGGUGGUGAUAUACAUGGUCUGAACUUCUUUCCAUGAGAUAUAUUUGGUUGUGUAAGCAUACGAAAUAUGUAGUAGUUUUUAUUCCGUCAGAUAGGUUCAGGCAAAAACAAAAGGAGAUCAGAACCAUGUCUUAACCAUUUUUGCUCCUCAAUUUUCUUGGAGAGUAGUACCUCGAAACAGUUUUUCCUGCGCAGGGGGAGAGUUGUACCUCGAAACAAUUUUUGGUGCGCAGGGAACAAGGACUGAUCUGGGGACAUUCCUGGCCCCUGGGUCUUUUAGGAAUACAAGUUUCCUAUUCUAAUA